GAUGAGCAGCACACCAAGGAUGUCAUACUCAUGAAAUUACUCAGCACAGAUAUGGAUGUAACACUGGAAGUCAUUCAGAGCCGGAGAAAACCAAUUCUUGUUGAACAUCAAGUGGCUGUGGAUGAAACAGAUAAAGGAAAAGCUAUAGAAAUUCCUGUGAAAGAUAAAGAAGCGAACAUAAUAAACACAGCUUGUACAGAUACAAGGGAUGAAAAGAAAAGUGAGAUAAAUCUUGAAGUUGACCACAGAGAUUCUAAUGAUCAGGCAUUACAUCAUAGAGUAUCUGCAGAAACUGAAAUUAAGCAUGAUGAUGCUGGGCAUGAUAGGUUGCAGACUGAGGAAAAUGUUGAUGCAAGUGAAGAGUAUAAUGAUUUAUCUUCUCAGAGUGAGAAUGAUGGUCAACAGAGUGAUUCUGUUUCUCAUAUAUGUGAUAAAAGCACAAAACAACGUGAUAAUGAUAAAUAUGAAGAUGCCAUCGAGGGUACAAAAGAAAUUGAGCAACAUCAUAAAGAAGGUAAUAAUAAUAAUGUAUCUAAGGGCAAAAUUUAUAAAAAUGGUAAUAAUCAUAAUAUAUCUAAGAGCAAUGUUAUGAAGAAGGUAAUAACCAUAUUGUAUCUAAAAGCAACAUUAUAA